AUGUUUGCCAGCUUCGAAUCGACCGCCAACGGACUGAAAACUGCCGUGCCAGAGCGGAGGUUGAUUCGCUCCAGCGAAGGGUGUCUGCCGUGUAAGCAGCCUGAUUACUCAACUGCGCACACCCGAGAAACAGUCGCUAAUACGACUGGCGAAGGUCGACAGAAGCGAAAGAAAUGCGACAAUGUCAGACCUGCUUGCGGUUUGUGUCGAAAUAGUACCAGGCGCGACGUUUGUACAUGGCCAGCAGAAGACGUACGCCGCAAGCGAAUACGGGUCUCGAAGAGCCCUUCUGCCAAUGGCUCGACUGGUCGCGGAGACGAUGCGUCGACUUCGUGUAGUGACACUACCGAGAUCGAAUGCCUCUCUGACAGAUCCCUUUUAUCACAUCUCGCCGCCGUGUCGCAGGAGCUCAGGUCUGUCGGCGACUUGCCACCUUUCGACCUGCCCGACAGCGUCAAGCAGGUCUCACCCGAGCUCUCCUUUCCGGGUAUACUGCACAUCACCCUAGCCUUCCAGCAUCGGGUCCUUGCCCGUAAGCACGACUACAGUAGCUCACUCAUGAUGCUGGGUCUGCCGACCUUACGAUCGAAUCCAGCACUCAUACACGCCUGGCUCGCCAGCAGUAUCGCUGCAAUAUAUCCCGAUGCCGAGCAUCGACAGCGGCAAGCUUUGCUGCAUCACGGUCGUGCUUUGAAAGCCCUGCGUAUCGCUAUGGUAAGCCCAGGCCGCGUUUACAACGAAGAAUGGAUCAGGGGCACAAUCCUAAUGCUGCACAUUUUCGAAGCCAUCGGCUCUGUACACAACCACGUAAAGUUAUCAACAGCCCACCUCAACGCCGGACACAUUGUCUUUGGUCAGAGCCUGAAACAGGGCCUACCCAACAACAUCCACGACAUGCUCCUCCUCGAAGCCUACACUUUCCGCGUCACCUGCAAUUGUCUCUUCCAACAAGACAACUUACCUUUCGAUUACAUGGAAACUCUCACCAGUGCCUUAAUGCGAACCGUCGAAUCUCUCGGCCUCGAGGUCAAAGACCCCGCGUGUCUUCCCUGGGUCGGACAAAUCGGCAUAGACCUUGUUAUCAAGAUCUACAAACUCUCCUGGCUCGCGAGGCGGCUCCCCCUAACAGGUCAAGACGCCAUCGAAGCCGCAGCAAUAGCGCGCUCCCUCCCUACCCACCGCCCUUUCGCCGCCUGUCUCCACGGCGUAGUCACGGAUGACGACCACGAUAGCCGGUACUGGUUCAACGCCCGCACCAAGCAAUCGUUCUGGCAUGCGUGCUCCUUCCUCGCCGAACUUAUCCUCUCCCCUGAUAACACGAUCGCCUCUGUCACGACCGCGAACGAACACUACGACAAGGGGAUCAGGAUCCUCGAUAAAGCUAGUGGCGAAGAUCGAGUAACGGCUUGUCUCCUCUGGCCGCUGGCGGUGCUGGGUAUGGCGGUCGAUAGUCCGGAGCGGUUGGAUCGGUGUCAGAAGAUUGGGAUUAGGUUGGCGGUUAGUGGAGGGAGGCAGGCGAGUGCGAGGAUGAGUGUCAGUUUGGCGAAGUUGUAUGAGUUGAGGAUGGAGAGGAAGGGGAAGCUGGGGCUUGAGGAGGUGUUGAGGACGUUGAGCUGUGGGGGGGUGUUUUUAUGA